GCUAAAGAUCUGCAACAUCAGAGAAUGGGGAGAAUCUACCAGGUUAGGGUUCAUGGGCUCAGAGGGGAGAAGUUUACUAUUGACCUCGGCAACACAGAGGAACAAAUGCAGAGAUUCACUGUGGGUCAGCUGAAGGAAAAGAUAUUUGAGAUGCUCCCAUAUAUAGCAGGAGACGAGAACCUACGCAUGAUCUUUACAGACAAGAAUCUGGAAGGAGACACAUCACUGCUGUCUGAAUAUGGAGUCCAACACAUGUCUGUCAUACAAGUGGUUAUUAAAGUACCUGGAGGAGGAGGCCCUCUACCCCCCAACCCUCAUACAGAUGAUGGGCUCACUGCUGCUAAAGAUCUGCAACAUCAGAGAAUGGGGAAAAUCUACCAGGUUGUUGUUUCUGGGUUCAGAGGGGAGAAGAUUGCUAUUAACCUCUGCAACACAGAGGAGCAGAUGCAGAGAUUAACCGUGGGUCAGCUGAAGGAAAAGAUUGUUGAGAAGUUCCCUGAUAUAGCAGCAGAAAGAGAGUACCCACACUUGUUCUUUACAGACAAGGUGUUGGAAGGAGACACAUCACUGCUGUCUGAAUAUGGAGUCCAACACAUGUCUGUCAUACAACUGAUUCGUAAAGUACCUGGUGGAGGAGAAGGCCCUCUACCCCCCAACCCUCAUACAGAUGAUGGGCUUGGUGAUAAGGAGGGUGAAACUCGAAGAAGUAAAGAAUGUCUAAAUAUACCGAUGUCUAAAACUCAAAAUAAAUUUUCUGUGGGUCCAAAAUAAAUCAUUUCACACAUUGAAAUAUUUGCCACCUUUAACUGGACAUCCGUCCUCAUCCUCAUUGAAACUCUUUUAAACAUCUUAAAUAUUUCUCACCUUCUGUCACAUAAAGUGUUUACUGUAUUUCAGCAACAUUUUAUAUGACAAACAGAAGUAUUUGUUGUUUUUUCUCUUCAGGCAGUCCAGCAGCAAAAACACUUGUUUUUAAUAACAAUCUCGUAUUUUGUAUUAAAUAGCCAAAUGUGAUUUUAAAACUGCUCUUUAUCCACUAAAUAAUUUAAAUAUCCAGAAGAUUUUUCUGAAAUUCGGCACAAACUGCAAGAUUAUUUGUCAAUCUGCAGUAAGUGAAGGACAAGACGAUGGAAAACAUUUUAAUUCAAGAAGUAAAAAAAAAAAUUGCAUAAAUUAAUGUUUACCUUAUUUAGGCUCAAUAACUAUUAUGCAAUAAUUACAAAUUCUGUGUUUAAGUAAGUUGAAUAAUUAGUCUGAUUCAUGUAUUUGUGUGUAAAGUCACGCCAUUAUUCCUGAAAUCAACUUUUACACAAAAUGUAAAAGUAAAGCAGCAACUUGUGGUGGGAAAAUGAGGAUAAACUGAAAAUUAAAAGUGCUGGAUCGACUGACGUUUUUUUUCUUUUAAGAUGAUUACUUAAUUAGUAAAUCAAACAGUUUUUUCAUUUUUUUAUUUCAGUUGAUCUUUAUUAGUUAGUCCUGGCUGCUGCUGCUUCCUGCCUGUCAGAGAGCAAUAGACCCCCUGCUGAGCUGAGAAGCUUUGAGUGGAAAUAAGUUCAUGUAGGUUUCAGUUUCAAGGGCUUUAAGUUGAUCUUGAAUUUAAAAACAUUUAUUACAGAUCAGUUCACUAACAGAAGCGGCUCUGUGCAGCAACAGUCUGGCCUGGACCCACCUGUUUAAAGUUGCUGUUGAACCAGAAUAAAUGAAACAUUUACCAAAAUAUUUGGUGUGAAUGAUUUCGGUGAUCAAAAUGUAAAGUUGCUUCAUUUGUUGACUGUAUAGUCUUUUCUUUAUAAUGUUGUAAUUUUGUUUUUUUAUUACAUAAAGCAGACUGCACAGUGGAGCAGUUGGUAGCUUGUUGCCUUGCAGCAAGAAGGUCCUGGGUUCAAAUCCCGGCUUUGGUUUCUCCCUGUGCAUGCAUGAGUUCUCUCUGGUUACUCCCAAACUGUCAGUUGCAAUAAAAUAAACAUUUUGCUUGCCUUUUA